CAUCACCAUUUCUUCUCUCCCACCGAUCUGAAUCUAAAUUAAAAAACGAUGACGUCAUCACCACUAACCCCACCGUCGCCGGAAACAGAAGAACCGCCGACCAUAAAUCAAUCAAUAAAAUUUGGCACCCCAGAAUCAAUCUCCCAAAUCCAAACCCUAACUGACGUCACCGCAAUGCAACGUCAUCUUCACGAAUGCAUAGCAUACCAACGAACUCUCGACAUCCAUCUCGAAUCAAUCUUAAAUCUCCGACCAGAUCUCGACAAGCACCUCAACUUCCUCAAAAAAUCAUCCGACACCCUUGUCCACGUACAAUCGGAGUCAGAUCACAUGUUGUCAAACGUUAAUUCUACUUGCAUUUUGGCCGAUCAGGUGUCGAAAAAGGUACGCGAACUCGAUUUAGCUCAAUCUCGUGUUAAUGAAACUUUGUUAAGAAUAGAUGCCAUAGUGGAAAGGACUAAUUGUAUUGAUGGGGUUAUAAAAGCCUUAGAAUUUGAGGAUUUUGAGAAUGCUGCUAGUUACGUAGAGACGUUUUUUAGUAUCGAGGCCAAGUAUAAAGAUUCCGGUUCUGAUCAACGAGAUAAGAUGUUAGGGUAUAAGAAAGAGUUGGAGAGUAUUGUUAGGAAGAGGUUAGGAUUGGGUGUCGAGAAACGUGAUCAUGAGUCGGUUUUGAGGUUUAUUAAGUUGUAUUCGCCGUUAGGGUUAGAAGAAGAAGGGUUGCAAGUUUACGUUAGUUAUUUGAGAAAGGUGAUUAAUUUGAGGUCUAAAGUCGAGUUUGAGCAGUUGUGUGAGGGGAUGGAAACGGGUCAGGGUGAGGUGAAUUUCGUUAAGUGUUUGAAUAAUUUGUUUAGGGAUAUUGCGUUGGCGGUUGAAGAGAAUGUGGAUGUUUUGAUGAGUUUGUGUGGGGAAGAUGGGAUUGUUUAUGCGAUAUGUGAGUUACAAGAGGAGUGUGAUUCGAGAGGUAGUUUGAUUUUGAAAAAGUAUAUGGAGUAUCGUAAGUUGUCUAAGUUGACGUCUGAGAUUAAUUCAUAUAAGAGUGAGUUGAUGUCGAAUGGGGAGGUGGAGGGGCCAGAUCCUAGGAAAAUUGAGCUGUAUUUGGAGGAGAUGUUGUCACUUACACAGUUAGGUGAGGAUUAUACAGAGUAUAUGAUUUCGAAGAUAAAAGGGUUGAGUCGUGUUGAUCCAGAAUUGGUUCCUAAAGCUACUAAGUCUUUUAGGAGUGGCAAUUUUAGUAAAGUUGUUCAAGAUAUGACGAGUUAUUAUGUGAUUUUGGAAGGGUUUUAUAUGGUAGAGAAUGUUAGGAAGGCAAUCAAGAUUGACGAGCAUGUAAUGGAUAGUCUUACAACGUCUAUGGUUGAUGACGUGUUUUAUGUUUUACGGAGUAGCUGUCGUAGGUCAAUAUCGACAUCGAAUAUUAAUUCUGUUAUUGCAGCGUUGAGUAGUGCUGUGAGUUUGCUUGCUGGCGAGUAUAAUGAUGCUUUGCAGCAGAAAAUUAGGGAGCCUAAUCGUGAAGGAAAGCUAUUUUUGGGUGGUGUCGGGGUUCAGAAAACUGGAAUUGAUAUUGCUACCGCGUUGAAUAAUAUGGAUGUGAGCAGUGAGUAUGCCCUGAAACUACGACAUGAGAUUGAAGAGGAAUGUGCUGAGGUAUUUCCUGCUCCUGCUGAUAGGGAAAGGAUCAAGUCAUGUCUAUCUGAGUUGGGAGAGAUGAGCAACGCCUUUAAGAAAGCCUUAGUUGCUGGUUUAGAGCAGCUUGUAGGUACAGUCACACACCGAAUCCGACCCGUGUUGGACAGUGUUGCAACCGUUAGUUACGAGCUCUCAGAAGCUGAAUAUGCAGAAAACGAGGUAAACGAUCCAUGGGUCCAGAGACUUCUUCAUGCUGUCGAGACUAACUCAGGAUGGCUCCAGUCUUUAAUGACUUCCAACAACUAUGACUCGUUUGUUCAUUUGGUGAUCGACUUUAUUGUAAAAAGGCUUGAACUUAUUAUGAUGCAAAAAAGAUUUAGUCAGCUUGGAGGUCUGCAGCUAGACCGAGAUGUGAGGGUUCUGGUUAGCCAUUUCUCAGGCAUGACCCAAAGGACUGUCAGGGAUAAGUUUGCCAGGUUAACCCAAAUGGCGACGAUACUUAACUUGGAGAAGGUGUCUGAGAUUUUGGAUUUUUGGGGUGAAAAUUCGGGACCCAUGACUUGGAGACUUACCCCGGCUGAAGUUAGGAGAGUGUUGGGUAUGAGGGUUGAUUUUAAACCUGAAGCCAUAGCAGCUCUUAAAUUGUGAAGUUAGGAGAGUUUUGUAUCGGUUUAUUUAUAUCUGAAAGCUACAUCACUGCUCUACUAUAUGAGAAGUCCAUAUGUUCUUUAAGAACCGUUGUGCUUAAUUCUUUGUUUCACAACAACUAUACUUUCAUGAAUAUAUAUCAUGAAAAGUUACAGUAUAAAACUUUUUUCUGCUUCCGUGUUUA